GUGCUGCAUCCGUAUCGACCACCGGAGAAGCAGCUCGGUCUCUCUGCAAAACGGACCUGGCUUUUGGUGCGACCGUGCGCCAGCAAGCGAAAACAGAUGGCGAACUGCCAUCGCGUCGGUAGGCGGCGUCGCGGCGAUGAGCGGAGGCGGGGGGCGGGCGCGGCAGAACGCAAUGCGGUCAGGGCUGGUGGUGUUGGGCGCCGUGGCUUUCGGCUACCUCUCCUUCCGCAUCGGGUUCAAGCCCUACCUCGACCGCGCCCAGGAGGCCAUGGACUCCUCCGCCACCGUCACCGCGACGGACGACUCCGGCGACGACCGCCUCGAGGGCGGUGCCAACCUCGCGCCGUCCAAGGACCCGGCCGUCGUGCUCAGCGACUGAGACGCGGAUAGCGGGAAUCGGCUGUUUCGUGGCGCGUGUGGUUGUGCCAUUUUGACGAACACCUUGUACGCAGAUGUUGCUUCAACUGUUUCGGCACCCCCAAAAGUUUCACAUUGUCAUCUGUGCUUGAUGCCCGUAUAAAGCUUUUCCUACUGAACUUUUCCUACUGUUUUCAAACUGAUCUGUGCUUGAUGCCCGUAUAAAGCUUGCUGCUUGUUGGA